AUGGAUGAGAGUAAUCAUGGAGUUUCAUCAAGCUCACUCCCACCUUUCCUGACCAAAACUUACGAGAUGGUUGAUGACUCUUCAUCGGACUCAAUCGUCUCGUGGAGUCAGAGCAACAAGAGCUUCAUCGUUUGGAACCCUCCAGAGUUUUCCAGAGAUCUCCUCCCCAGAUUCUUCAAGCACAACAACUUCUCAAGCUUUAUCCGUCAGCUCAACACAUACGGUUUUAGAAAAUCCGAUCCUGAGCAAUGGGAAUUUGCGAAUGAUGAUUUCGUAAGAGGACAACCUCAUCUGAUGAAGAACAUUCAUAGACGCAAACCAGUUCACAGCCACUCUUUACCUAAUCUCCAAGCUCAGCAAACUCCGUUGACUGAUUUAGAACGACAGAGAAUGAAUAAUCAGAUCGAGAGACUGACCAAGGAGAAAGAAGGGUUGCUCGAGGAGUUACAGAAACAAGAAGAGGAGCGUGAAGGGUUCGAGCAACAGGUUAAAGAGCUAAAAGACCGGUUACAACACAUGGAGAAGCGGCAGAAGACGAUGGUCUCGUUUGUCUCUCAGGUGUUGGACAAACCAGGUCUCGCUCUGAAUCUAUCUCCGGCUCUUCCCGAGACAAACGAGAGGAAAAGAAGGUUCCCGAGGAUCGAGUUUGAAGAGAAUGUUGUUGCUGUGAGAGAGGAAGUCUCCACGAGUCCUUCUUCUUCUUCACACACGACAACAGAGCAUCAUCACGUGGAGCAGUUGGAGUCGUCGAUUGCGAUUUGGGAGAAUCUUGUUUCUGAUUCUUGCGAGAGUAUGGUGCAAUCAAGAAGCAUGAUGACGCUUGAUGUUGAUGAAUCGUCUACUUGUCCGGAGAGUCCUCCUCUCUCUUGUUUACAGAUAAGUAUCGAUACACGUCCUCCUUCUCCGAGGAUCAUUGACAUGAACUCUGAGCCUGAUGUUUCGAAAGAACAGAACGUCGUCGUUUCUUCUGCUGUUCCUCCUCCUCCGGCGGCAGGAGUGAAUGAUGUCUUCUGGCAGCAGCUUUUGACGGAGAAUCCUGGCGUAACAGAGCAACGGGAAGUUCAGUCGGAGAGGAAAGAGGAUAGAGGUGAGGAUCGAAGUGAGAAAUGUUGGUGGAAUUCGAGGAAUGUAAAUACAAUUACGGAACAGCUUGGACAUCUCACUUCUUCAGAGAGAAGUUGA